GCAGCGCUCCUAAAGAUAUUCUCUCUGUGCCUCACCACCAAAAACUCCAACCUCUUAAUAUUUUCUAAAAGAGAAAAGAACAAGAAAAAGGAAGAGAGCCAAAAAAAGAAAAAGAAAAAUCUGGAAGUUUUUGUUCAGACAAAUCGGCUGGCAGAGAUACCCGCCCUCAGGGAAACAUCAAGGGCCGGAAUGUUGAAUUACGAUAUUUUGAUUCUUGAUUGGUAACGGUUUGCAGUAACGGUUACCGUUUAACUUUUGCGAGUAGGAGGAUAAGUUUCUAUUCUAUGGCUGCGUCGUCUGAGAGGUGGAUCGAUGGUCUUCAGUUCUCCUCAUUAUUCUGGCCGCCGCCGCAAGACGCGCAUCAGCGAAAGGCUCAAAUUACUGCCUACGUUGAGUACUUUGGUCAGUUUACAUCAGAACAAUUUCCAGAGGAUAUUGCCGAGUUGAUCCGUAACCGUUAUCCAUCAAGGGAAAAGCGUCUUUUUGAUGAUGUUCUAGCUACCUUUGUGCUUCAUCAUCCUGAGCAUGGGCAUGCUGUUGUUCUUCCAAUUAUUUCGUGUAUCAUUGAUGGUACGUUGGUGUAUGAUAGGACAAGUCCUCCAUUUGCUUCCUUCAUAUCCUUAGUCUGCCCAAGUAGUGAGAAUGAGUACUCUGAACAGUGGGCUCUGGCAUGUGGGGAGAUCUUGAGAGUAUUAACUCACUAUAAUCGCCCAAUAUACAAGAUGGAACAACCAAAUAGCGAUACAGAAAGAAGCAGUAGUGGCUGCCAUGCUACUACAAGUGACGCUACUGACAGGGAAUCCAGCCAUAUUCCUGUGGUACAACAGGAGAGGAAACCUUUAAGGCCUUUAUCUCCCUGGAUUACAGAUAUAUUGCUAGCUGCACCUCUCGCUAUCAGAAGUGACUACUUCCGAUGGUGCAGUGGCGUUAUGGGUAAAUAUGCUGCUGGAGAACUCAAGCCACCUACAACUGCUUCUUCUCGUGGAUCUGGAAAGCAUCCUCAGCUCAUGCCAUCAACACCAAGGUGGGCUGUUGCUAAUGGUGCUGGUGUGAUAUUAAGCGUUUGUGAUGAGGAAGUUGCUCGCUAUGAAACUGCUACUUUAACAGCGGCCGCUGUCCCUGCACUUCUGCUUCCUCCUCCAACAACAGCUUUGGAUGAGCAUCUAGUUGCCGGGCUACCAGCUCUUGAACCAUAUGCACGUUUAUUUCAUAGGUAUUAUGCCAUUGCUACUCCUAGUGCCACCCAGAGACUUCUUCUUGGACUUCUAGAAGCACCACCAUCAUGGGCACCAGAUGCACUUGAUGCCGCUGUCCAGCUUGUAGAACUCCUUCGGGCUGCCGAAGACUAUGUAUCUGGCAUUAGGCUUCCUAGGAACUGGAUGCAUUUGCAUUUCUUGCGUGCAAUUGGGACUGCAAUGUCCAUGAGAGCAGGCAUAGCUGCUGAUGCUGCAGCUGCUUUACUUUUCCGGGUACUCUCACAGCCUGCAUUGCUUUUUCCUCCACUACGGCAAGUUGAAGGAAUUGAAGUUCAACAUGAACCUUUAGGAGGUUAUAUUUCAUGCUAUAGAAAGCAGAUAGAAGUGCCUGCGGCUGAAGCAACUAUUGAAGCUACUGCCCAAGGGAUUGCGUCAAUGCUUUGUGCCCAUGGCCCUGAGGUUGAGUGGAGAAUUUGUACCAUAUGGGAAGCUGCCUAUGGCCUGAUUCCAUUGAGUUCAUCUGCAGUUGAUCUUCCUGAAAUCAUAGUCGCAACUCCAUUGCAACCACCCAUGUUAUCAUGGAAUCUCUACAUACCUCUCCUGAAGGUCCUGGAAUAUCUUCCUCGGGGAAGCCCAUCAGAAGCAUGUCUCAUGAAGAUAUUUGUUGCUACUGUUGAAGCGAUUCUUCAGAGAACAUUUCCAUCUGAGUCUUCUAUAGAACAAACAAGAAAGGCAAGAUACCAUUCUGGCAUGGGGUCUGCCUCCAAAAACCUUGCUGUGGCGGAGCUUCGUACUAUGGUCCAUUCACUUUUCUUAGAAUCAUGUGCCUCUGUAGAGCUUGCUUCACGUCUGCUUUUUGUUGUGUUAACUGUGUGUGUUAGUCAUGAAGCUCAGUCCAAUGGGAGCAAGAGGCCAAGAGGUGAAGAAAGUUAUCUAUCCAAUGAAAGCAUUGAGGAAUUACAGGCAAUAUCUGAAAAGCAAAGACCAAUGAAAACUAGGAAGUUGAAAAGGCAAGGGCCUGUAGCAGCAUUUGAUUCAUAUGUUCUAGCUGCUGUUUGUGCUCUUGCCUGCGAGCUUCAGUUAUUUCCUCUGAUUUCAAGGUCAAGUAAUCACUCAAACUCUAAAGAUGCAUCACAUGUAGCCAAGCCUGUGAAAAUCAAUGGAUCUACUGAUGGGUUUCAGAUUAGUAUUGACUCAGCAAUUCGUCAUACUCACAGAAUCUUAACAAUUUUAGAGGCACUUUUUUUACUGAAGCCGUCUUCUGUUGGCACAUCAUGGAGUUACAGUUCAAACGAGAUAGUUGCUGCAGCCAUGGUUGCUGCUCAUAUUUCUGAACUAUUUAGACGGUCAAAGGCUUGCAUGCAUGCUCUCGCUGUCUUGAUGCGAUGCAAGUGGGACAAUGAAAUCUACACUAGGGCAUCAUCACUAUACAACCUCGUUGAUAUUCACAGCAAAGCUGUUGCAUCCAUUGUUAACAAAGCUGAACCUUUAGAAGCGCACUUAAUACAUGCAACAGUGUGGAAGGAUUCCCCCCUGAGUUUCGAUGGCAAAAAAGAAAAUCAAUGUGAAAACAGUGUUUCCUUUCAUCCAGGGCAGCUAUCUACCCCACAGUCUUUGGAUUCAGCCCAUUCGGGUACUAAAUUUAAGUCUCAGAGAGCAUCACAUUCAGAUGAAAGUUCAGGAAAUACCUUGGGUAAAGGUAUUGCCAAUUUCCCAUUAGAUGCUUCAGAUUUAGCCAACUUCCUCACGAUGGACAGGCAUAUAGGAUUUAAUUGCAGCGCACAAGUUCUUUUAAGAUCAAUGCUGGUGGAUAAACAAGAGUUAUGUUUCUCUGUUGUGUCUUUGCUGUGGCACAAGUUGAUUGCAGCUCCUGAAACCCAACCUAGUGCAGAAAGCACUUCUGCCCAACAAGGAUGGAGGCAGGUCGUUGCUGCACUAUGCAAUGUUGUAUCAGCAUCACCAACAAAAGCAGCUACCGCAGUUGUCCUUCAGGCGGAAAGGGAAUUGCAGCCUUGGAUUGCCAAAGAUGAUGAUCAAGGUCAGAAGAUGUGGAGAAUCAACCAACGGAUUGUAAAAUUGAUUGUGGAGCUCAUGAGAAAUCAUGAUAGGCCAGAAUCAUUGGUCAUUUUGGCAAGUGCAUCAGAUUUACUUCUGCGUGCCACAGAUGGAAUGCUCGUUGAUGGAGAAGCUUGCACUUUACCACAACUGGAGCUACUGGAAGCAACAGCUAGAGCGGUUCAGCCUGUGCUGGAGUGGGGAGAAUCUGGGUUGGGAGUCGCUGAUGGCCUUUCAAACCUCUUAAAGUGUCGCCUACCGGCUUCCAUCCGAUGCCUUUCUCACCCAAGUGCACAUGUGCGGGCGCUGAGCACUUCAGUCCUUCGCGAUAUUUUGCACACUGGUUCAAUUAAAUCUAAUUUUAAACCAGCGGAAAUAAAUGGCAUCUGCGGUUCAUCUUAUCAGUACUUUAGUUUAGACGUUAUUAACUGGCAAGCUGACAUUGAAAAAUGCUUAGCAUGGGAAGCUCACAGCAGACUUGCAACCGGAAUGCCUAUUCAAUAUCUUGAAACUGCUGCCAAGGAAUUAGGCUGUACUAUUUCUGUAUGACAUCAAGUAGCUUUUUCCAGCCAUUUUAGGUUUCGAGUUUUUUGUAGUGAAACUUGCACAUAAAAACAUACAUUAUUUAUUGCCUUGAAGGACAUGGGUUUGCAGGCAAGUAAUUAUACAUUCUGUUGUCGUAGAUAUAGAAGCCUGAGAAUGUCAAUUACAGUGCUUUCAUUGGCCGGACAAUAUAAUCCUUCUGCAAGCUUGUUUCUGUACA